CGGCUUUAUGGCUCGGCUUUGCGACUCGGCUAUACCGGCUACAUCUAAGCCAGCGCCUUAAUUAUGACACAUAUCGCAGCGGCGGUAUAGCUAAGGCGGAGUUCUGCAUCCUACAUUAGGGUGAGAAUCAUAUUUUGACCGAUUCACUCUGUUAGAGCAUACAUAACCCAGUUGUCCCUUGUGCAAACGUUUGCUCACUUAAAUGAACUCCAUGUCCAGAACCGGGAGUGCAGUACCGGCGCAAGCUGGCAUCAAAGCCAGCGACAUCAGCGUUCCGAUUAAUGACAAAUCAGAAUUCCGAGGCUUUUGCUCCGUGCUGGGGGUUGCUCAUUUUCUUGGCAUACAAUUCGCGCACGUCCCAGCCCGCUUUCGUCAAGCUCGGCUCGUUGAAUUUGAGAGUCGCGAUGCUAUUGUCGAGUCGACGAAAUUUGGACCAAUCUGUCCUCAGAUUUCUGAUGGUUCUCGUGGUCAUCGGCGGCACCUUUUCGUUGGUGCCCCUGCUGCCAACCAGAAGCAAUCCGAACAAAACUGCCUCUGUCUGAAUAUCUACGCGCCUAUGUCGGCCUUGUCCUCGGACAAGAAAAUUCCUGUAAUUGUUUGGAUCCAUGGAGGUGGGUGGUCAUUCGAGAAUGGUAACGCUGACUUCUCUGGUGACUUCUUAAUCCAACACGCCGUAGCGACUGGAAAACCUGUCAUUUUUGUCUCCAUCAAUUAUCGACUUGGGCAUUUCGGAUUCUUAUCCUCUUCAGAGCUCACCGAAGAGGCAGUCAAUUUUGAAGAAGUGGGAUGGGCAAAUCAAGGCCUGUACGACCAGCGACUGGCACUGCAAUGGGUUAAAAACUAUAUAGGUCUAUUCGGAGGGGAUAAUACUAAGGUUACAAUUUCUGGAGAGUCUGCCGGGGCCUGGUCUGUCCUAGCUCACCUUAAAUCAGACCAGCCUCUUUGUCAACGUGGCAUCUUGCAAUCAGCCCCGUUUUGGUCCAUGCUCAGACCGGAGGAUGCCCAGGAGAGAUUUGACAAACUUGUGCAGCGCACUGGAGUCCCUGUCAGUGCUACAGCUGCGGAGAAGCUUGCUGCUUUGCGGUCGAUUCCCCAGGAGGUAUUAGUCACUUGGAACGAAGGGGCAACGUCUCCGGUUUGGGAUCCAAAAUGGUUUGUAGGCCAUGGCGAUCCCGAACAACCACUAGACUCUGUGGGGACCUUUCCGGCUUGGGUUCAGGCAAUCGUGUCGGGGACGAUGCGGGAUGAAAUGUCAGUUUUUGGCUUUGUCAAACUCUGGAAAACUAAAGAAUCUGUGAUCGCCUCUCUCCGUGGUGGACUGUUUCUGCCACAAGAUCCAUCUUUUUGCGACGAGGCUUUGCAUGAAUAUGGUAUUCAACAAUCCAGCUCUGACGCAGCGGCAGUACAGGGAUUCGUUUCUGUCCUUGCAGAUGCAUGCUUCGCGCCCUUGCCAUUUAAUCUCGCGAACGCCUGUCGUGAUCCCAACUCGCCACCAGUGUACAUUUACCGGUUUGACCAGGCGGAUGAAGAUGAAAACAGUGUGUUCAAGGGAGCUGCGUACCAUGUGCUGGAUAACACUUACACUUGUCGCUACCCCGCUGUCGCUGGUCCUACGGCGCCUCGUUCCUGCCAAGCAACAGCCAAUAGAUUUUCCGAGAUGAUGUUACGCCAUGCUUACGGGGAAGCUCCUUGGCAGUCAUACAGGUCUUCAGGGGCGUGGAAUGUGUUCGAUGGAGAAAACACCAGAGUCGAGAUCGUCGACCAUGGUGUCCAGCGCUGGGAGAAAUUGUUGACCACUGAAGCUCGGGUGAUAAAAUUUGCAAGGUUAUUUGCUACGAUCGUCAGCAAUUUACCGUCUCAGUGAGAGGCUCUCAUACUGCGAUCCGCAGGGGCCAGGAUAGUGACUAAGCAUGUACGUCCGCAUAGAAAUUGUCGCCAAGUACUGUUUUACUAGUGUUCUGGAUACUCGUAGAACAGCAGGAAAAAGGUUGCGUAUUUCUAACAACUGCCGAGCACCUUUAUUUGAGAGAGUCGGUAGGUUAUUUAUUUGCAACACCCAUG